UCCACCCUCCAUUCCCCACAUCGCGUUCUCUAGAGCUACUAAAUUUCACUUCUCUUUUAACUCGCAAACACCUUCAAGUCAAAUGGCCGCCGCAGCUCCACCGCCGCCACCAUCCGAUGUUCCAGAACCACGCAUGGCACCACCGGAAACAACCCCGAUAGGCCACCCUGUGUUCACCAGGAUCCGCCUAGCCACCCCUUUGGACGUCCCUUUCAUCCACAAACUAAUCCACCAAAUGGCCGUCUUUGAAAAGCUGACCCACCUCUUCUCCGCCACGGAGUCAUCCCUCUCUUCCACCCUCUUCCUCUCCCCUCCUUUCCAGUCCUUCACGAUUUUCCUCCUCGAACUUUCCUCUUCCCCUAUUCCUCCACUCCUUUCCCCUUCCCCUUCUUUUACCCCCGUAGAGAAAACUUUCUACUUCGACCUGGCCUUGAACGACCCUGAAAAGGAUGCCUUUUCGGUUCAUUACGGGAGUGAUCAAGUUGUAAUCGCUGGGUUCGUUUUGUUCUUUCCCAACUACUCGACAUUUCUAGGGAAACCAGGGUUUUAUGUUGAGGAUUUGUUCGUCAGGGAAUGUUACCGGGGGAAAGGGUUUGGGAGAAUGUUGCUGUCGGCGGUGGCGAAACAGGCCGUGAAAAUGGGGUACGGGAGAGUUGAAUGGGUGGUCUUGGAUUGGAAUGUAAAUGCCAUCAAGUUUUAUGAACAAAUGGGUGCUCAAAUUUUGCCUGAAUGGAGGAUUUGCAGGCUUACCGGUGAUUCUCUUCAAGCUUACCAGAAUGCCAAUGUUUAGCUGUUUUAUGUGAGCUUUAAGAAAGUUAAAAAAGGGUUCCCCCCCCCCCCUUUAGUUGGAUUCUCAGUUAGCCAAAGACUGAAAUUUUAUCUUCAGAAGUUUCGUUUUUUUAAAUGAGAUUUGUAUUUUGCUUGUUUCAGAAGAUGAAAAAUGAUGGAUUUGUAUGUUA